AUGGCAUCCUACGUCUUCCGUGUAGACCCCAGCGAUAAGGUGCCACCUGGAAAAAUUGGAUUUGGGCUGGCACAGCGAAAAUGGGCGAAUAUUUCCCUAGAUCAGACGCUCAGUCUCGAUCCAUGCAAAAUAUCUCCCGACGUCUACCUUAGUCUGGCCCAUUUCACCGUUGAGAUGUAUGGCAAGAAACAAGGACCGCGAGAUCCCAUAAACUCAGAUGUCCUUUCUCAACGAUUUUCCAUGCAUAUGGGCGAUCUGCCCCUCACCGUUGGGCAGCCUCUUCUCUUCAGAUUUGAUCAGCUCCUUCUCUCAAUCGUUGUUAAGUCACUCUCGGGUAAGUUUUAA